AUGAAGACUUUCAAUGCGGCAGAUGUUGCAGUUACCUUAUCGUCUUUCAUUUCACCAAAAGAAAAUGAACUGGGCCACAGGGUGUUAUCUUUACCAACUUCAAAAGAGGCGUGCCUGUUGGACCCACCCUCUCCUCUAAGUCUAGCUGAUGUGCCUGAACAUACUUCAAAUGAUUCCUCCACACAUGCUAUUUCCCUUACAUCUUGUGUAACAAAAGGUGUGAGCUAUUUGUCCGUGCCAGAGGAUUCUGACAAAGCCCCAUUCAGGUAUAUGGAGCCCAAAGGCAUUUCAUCAUUGUCUGACGAUUGUUUGAUGCAACAGAGCAGAACCUGUUUGGGCUGCUUCAUUGAGUCAAAAGAAAGCAUUGACGCAGAGCCUGGAGUAAGCAUGAAAAUAGGUGACAUGAACAAGGAUUGCGACACCUGUUCAGUCUCCGAUAUAGGGAUUCAAUGCAUGAGUACAGGAGAAAGUGCAAGAUAUGGGGAUCAGCUGCUUUCAGACCAACUGUUAAGCUUUACUGUGCACAAAUCUAGGACUACAGACAAAAGAGAUGUGGAGAAAUCUGACAGUGAGUCGGAAGAUAUUACUCAAAAACAUUACUACGAAGGAUUACUGCUGGACAAAUGCAAUGGAGAAGAAGCUUUAUUGUCGAAUCCUAGCCAGGACUGGGCUUAUUUUGAGUCUUUUAUUAGUGAAAGCAAAAUAGAACUGCUUGACCUAUGCUCAAAAAAUGAGCUUUCAGUCAAUCUUUUUGCAGAGGAAGAAGUGGACAAUUAUAUGUUUGAUGAUGAGUCAACUCUCAGCAGCGAUGUCUGCUCUUUAAAGAUUAGGUAUGAAUCCUUUCAAGACAAUGUCAGGGAAAAGACAAACGUGCUUCAGGAAGAAGCACAAUUAAGCUUUUUCCCCAAUGUCAUCUCAAACUGCUCAAAAAAGGAAGGUAAAGCGUCAGUGAAAAUGAAUUUGGAUGCGUCACAAAUCAAAUCUGAUGAGAUUGAUAUCUGGGAAGAAGAUGACCAAUUGGAAGAGAGGGCGGGAAUGCAAAAAUAUGGUAGCACUGUGGAUUUAAAGCUGUAUACGACUUCUAAAAGAAACCAUUUCUUUGAAACAAAUCAUUCUGUAGAAGACUCAGGAGAGUACAGUGAUGACAGCUGUGGAACAGAUUCAUCGUAUGACACCAUUAAAGGCAACAUGGAUAGCAUCAAGUACCUUUCAAGGCAAAAUGUCAACUGCUCUGGUCAACUAAAUUAUGCAUUACGUGCCAAAAGGAAAGUACGGUAUAGUGAUGACUACUUGUACGAUGUUGACUCUAUAGAAAGUGAAAAGAUUUCAGGAAAAAAAGAAUGGCCGGUGGAUGGUCCUAAGAAAGAAGAUGAUGAUGAAUGGUGUCCACGGAAGCGCCGAAAGUCAGUUCGGAGAGGGCCGCCAGUUAUUAUUAAAUAUAUAAUUAUUAAUAGGUUCAAAGGUCAGAAGGAUAUGCGAGUUAAAGUCAGUAAAAUUGAUGCCACCGAAACAAGUGUCAGUUUGACUGCUGAAGCACUAGGUAGAUAUGAGAAACUUGCACCUUUAAAGGAGUUUUGGUGCCAAAAACAAUCAAAGCAUCUGUUGUCAGUGCCUACUGAAAGAAGGAAGAGGCUGCAUUUAAGUAGCACUGUGUCUAAUGUGUUUCUUUCCCAUCCUGCCAAGAGGAAAAGCAAACAAAUUGCAAACAGGCACAGAGCGCGUAGAGUUCAACUUGAACUAGGGCCCAACAAGCAGAUUGCAUGUUCUUUUGAUCCGGCUGGAACUCAAAGGCUGACCUGUACUGGUGGAGAAGAGGUGGAGUUUGUCGAUGCCCAAACAGUUGCAAUAGAAAUCCCUAGUUGUGCGAAUGGAUUGUGUUCCACAAACAUUACGUCAGGGCCUGCUACAAUGAGAAGCAAAUCACUAGGAAAGUUUGAUAACAGAGUGAAGGAGAAAGGCAGACUAAAGAGACUGAAACUAAAAGCAGAAGGCAAACUGAAAAACACCAGCAAAAAGAUCAAGGUGAUGGGAAAUGAUGACAUUGACACAACAACAAAUGCAAGUGAGAUGGAUUCAGCUGUAACAAGGCAGAAUAGUUCAGGUGUUUUACUAACUAAUGCCAUUCAUUGUGUCCCAGACAACACCCAUUUAUCUAAAUCGUGCCAAGCAAAGACUGCUGCUAAGAAUUCUACUUUUUCACCAGCCACCUGCUCUUCUGACAAGCCUGUGCCAUCUGCUAAUGCUGCGUCUACUGUGCAAGUAAUCCCCGGGGGGUAUUUACAGACACUGCUGGAUGCAUCCGAUUCCAUAAGCCAUACUGGGCUCUCCUACUUCCCACAUCAUUCUGUCGUUGCUUCCAAGCCUCAGAACCAUUUCAACCCUUCGAAUCUUGCACAAAGUUGUGUCAUGUCCCCUCCCUCUGAAUCUGAACAGCAGCAGUCACCUCUUUACCAGGAGGAAAAGCAAAGCUUUGAAAAGUUGUGGCAUACAAAACAGGAGUUCUCGGCCAUUGGCAGAACGCCUACCAUUCUGUCAGCUAGUAUGGUCGGUGUUGUGUCGCUGCCCACAGAAAGCACCAAUCUUUCAAGAACCGUCAAUGACAAUUAUCAACAAAUAGAAAUACACAGUGAUGAACUUGUGCUCAGCAAGAAUUAUUCUCAUAGCCAGCCACUGCGGUCAAAUACCAGCUAUCAAUCAUGCAUAAUAGAAGACAGUGAUGGCAAUUUUCAGCUCCAUCGAGAUUCAGUAGCUCCAGAUGACACCAGACUCAUCAGUUUUGAUUCAGUGAGUUCUUUGUCAGCCAGCACCAAUAAUUUUAGCUCUCUAAGUUUGAAGUCAUGUGAAAAUGACGGUGAGGAUGAUAUGAGUGAUGAUUUUUUGGCCCACUGUAGCCCCAAGCUAGUGAUUCAACAAAGCGUUGAUGAAGUGGCGCCACUAAAGGAAUCUGCUGACCUCCUUGACAUCUCUAACUUUACUCCCGAUCGAUUCAGGCAAGUGACACUGACUGAGAUUUCCCCACCCAUUACACCUGACCUUUCACCUGAAAUAGUAGGAACGGAGGUCAAAACGUCAGGCAAACCCAAAGACUUUCAGGACCAUGCUCAAACCAUGCUUGGAGAUCCAAAUGAAAUGAAAUGGGCUACAGUAUCCCAGGCACACGAUCAAUCAACGGAGACAUUUAUUUUGAAUAAUCAUCAAUUUCAGUUUCACACCUUUAAUAAUGAAGAUACCAUUGAGAUGACUGAAACCAGCCCAUUUGAGAAACAAGCUGGCAUGCUAAAGUUACAUAACAGUAAUAGGGGACAAAAAGCGAAGAAGAGAAGCACUUCCAAUAAACAUGUGGGCCCAAACCAAAGCUCAGUUCCAAAAGGUGCAAAAAAACCAAGGAAGCCAAAAGCUGCUAAAUCUAGUGAAAAAACUCAAAACAAAAGUAAUUCCCGUCAGAACCCUGGCACAUCCAAAAACUCCAAAAAAUCAAUCAGCGCAACGCAUACUAAAAGGAAUGAUCAGAUGCAGCUGCCUACAGCUAAUGGCAAGUCACUGGAUGUACUUGUUAACAAAACCAGCAUAUCACCUUGUGUUCAGCUACUGAAUGAGAGCCUUCCACACCGCAGUCCUACUGCUGGACGGGGUAGAAAACAAAAUGGGGGAAAUAGUACCUGGCCUUUGAGUAAAAGGGUCAGUGCUGGCUGGUCUGGGCAGAGUGUUGCAAACAGUAAUAAUCUGUUGGUUGAUGAUCAGAGAGAAUUUGAAGAACCCAGUAAUAUACUUUCUAAUAUUGCCUCUGGAAUGGCUGAAGUCCAGCGUUUUAUGAUGGCUUCUAUUGAACCAAUCUGGAACCCUGGGGGACACAACAUUGCCUCAGGUACAUGCCCGUCACUUGAGAGGGAAAUAAAGACAGAUUGAACUUAUUAUUCCAGUAACAUUAUGGCAAGUCCCUUGAAGCACCUGCAGCUCAAUGUGGAUUAUGGCACCUCAAUCAUUACCAAAACACUGACGACUAACAAAUUCAGCAUUGGUUCCAGUUUGCCAAAUACGCUUACCUCAUCUGCUUGGCAACAUGCAAGCUCGCUCUGGGGAGUCUAGAUGGAAUUAACUGGUUUGUGUUCAGUCUGAGCUUUAUCGAAGGUACAAGCAAGCGAUAUAUUCUGUAUUUGGAACAAGUCUGAGAAAAGCAGGAAGUGCUGUCGAUGUACUGAAUGGCGGCUUCCUUCCCAUUCAAUCUUAUGACAAGGUCACUUUGGACAAUUGGAGAUGGCUACGUCACUAGGAACCAGGGUGAAACUCAAUGGGUUGCUACAGUGAACUCAGCUGCCUGCUGUUCUGGCUAUUAUUUUGCUUAUUGCCUUUCAAACAUCUACCUACUGAGAUUUGAAUGUACAUACAGAGCUUAAAGAAAAGUAGAGGUACCACUGAGCUGCUAGUGUUUCAUGGUGCUAAAAGAGAUGCAUUUCCUAAAUGAAGGAGAGAAAGAAAAUCUCACAGGAAUGUAAAAAUAAAAUGUUUUGAGAUGUAUCAAAUACAAUACUAAAAAAAAUUGGUAUUGUUUGCCUUUCUUUAGAAUGAGCUUUAUAAAUAUUGAUCUGUAGAGUUUAAAAAAAUUCUAAAUGAACUUUGAUGUCUAUAAAUUCUUGUAUAUUUUUCAGUGUGCCAAUUUGUAAUAUAUUUUGUAAGUGUAUAUUUUUCUUAGAAGUGAUGUGAUGUGUUUGGAUGUGUGCGUAACCCUUUUAUUCCUCAGGGUGUUAAUAAAAGGACGUAGCGUUACAUUAACUGCUCUGGAAAACCAAAAUACUGAAGAGAGAGAAAAAAAAGACAAGCAUUUUGUUGGAGGUUUUGUAAUAAGCUAAAUUAUGUUGUGAAAGAGUGUAGUGAAACAGUGAAAAAAAGAAAAAAAAAGACAAAAAAUGUUUGCAAAAAAUUUGUGGGCUCUACUAUUUUAUAGAACCUUUCUUUCUCUUGUAAAUUAUUCUGACAUUGAGUUUUUGUUGUAAUUGUUGCAAAGGUUUUAAAUAUUUGUGCUUUCAAAUGCUGUACGGUACAUGUAAAUGUCAUUCUUGUUAACUUGAUGAGUUUUUGUAAUACUGUCAUUUAUCGAAUAAAUGUAAAACAUAAGAAAUAACAUUUUGAAAGAAUGACUGUACGAAGACUGCUUAAGCUACUGUUCAGAAAUAGACCUGCAUCAAAAAUUUAGCUAAUUGACUUUUUUGGUGUACAUUACUUUUUUAAAUAAAAGUUGUUCAAAGUCAAACAUAUGACAUUUUUACAGUACAUGGAAGUACAUUUUGUUUUUAUGGUGUUGAUGCUGAUACAAUUCCAAUUUUUAAGCUCCUGUUUUUGCUACUGAAGCCAUUCCCUAAAAGGCAGCUUUAAUCACAUUAUUUAAAGCUGCAGUAUGUUAUAUAAUAUACAGAACACACAUGCAAAACAUAUUUUAAAAAUGACAAGUGUUGCAAAUUCAUUACCAAGCCAGUGCAGAUUGUUUCACUCAUAUAAUAUAUAGUGUUAGUAAUUUUGCAAUAGUAAAAAUGUUCUUAUUUCACAAGCCCUUUCCCUUGCAUUAGAUCUAAGACCUUCCAUCACAUCUAUUGUUUUUUGUACAGUUGCAUGACCAAGUGACUUUUUUUUAUAAAAUACUGUGUGGAUAACUGCAAGGUCAGUAGAUUCAGUGGUGUAUUUUAAAGCAUGUUAAUCUCCUUCAGCAUUUUAUUAAAGAAACUAUAUAUUAUAUAAACUAACAAUUGUGUUGGAAUGAGUUACAGAUUGUAACACAGUCAGAAGAUUCAUGCCUAACUCACAAGCCACUUGAGAUCUGUUUUUGUGUAACUUAAUGCAAAUUCCUUAAUUUGUAAUACAGCCUCUUCAACAUGU